CACGACACAAAUUUAGCCGCCCUCUUGAUGUCUUUAAAACUUUUUGACCUGAAACAGCCCCCUUACUGUGCAACUGUUUUCAUUGAGCUUUACAGUGGCAUGAAUGAUACAUAUUUUGUUCGAUUGCUUUACUUGAACUCCACAGAUGUUGAAAAGAUUUCCCAAACACCUCAUAUUCUGCAACUUGAGGGAUGCAGUGAAUUUUGCCCUUUGAAGUACUUCACGGAAUAUACGAAGCAUCUUAUACCUGAUGAUUGGGAAAAAGAAUGUCAGUUGCCAGAAUCCAAUUCUCAAAAGUUUGAAAAAGAAGAAAUAAGAUUGGGAGUAGUUUUCCUUGCUAUUGUUUUCAUAAUUGUUACGGUAAGCUUUGCAGCGGCUGUUUCGAAAAUGUAUUCCAACAACAGAAAGAAAAAUGCCUUUCUCAUAUCCAUACCAAACUCUUAAAAAACUGAUGUUGAAAAUCGUUAAGCACAUUUUUCACCUGGGCUGAAAAUUGUUAAAUUCAUUGUUUCAUUGAUGUUCAUUUUUAUAAUAAUGUGUUAUAAAUUGCAAAAUGAUGAAAUACUUGAAAAUGUGAUAUUUUAAUAAAACUGAAAACUUGUUACUACUUUAUUAGCAUACGUUAUUAGCAUACAUAUAAAAAUAAAGGCGGACAUUUUGUGAA